CAGGCACACUGGCCAGCAUUCGGUUAGUUAGGUCGAAUAGUUAUGUUUAGAAGCCGCAAUAGUUGGGCCAAUUAGAAAUGUAUUAAACUAAAAGUCUGGAGCCCUUAUUCUUGCACAAUGAUUGACGCGGCUUGCGCGGAACGGGGAAGCCCCAAGUUUAUUGCCCUCUUUAACGACAAUCUGAAACUGGGCCACGGGGACGAGGACAACCCACAGCCAUUGAAUGGAAAAGACGCUUACGCACCCGCACCCGCCGACCUGCAGACGGCCUAUGGAACCUUAUUCGCCGCCUGCCAGGAUCACGCCGCCUUCUUCGCCAAGGAUCACACCGAAUUUGGCCAGCGCCUGCACGCCGCCCACAUUGCCUGGCAGGAUUUCAUCGUCCUGGCCAACCGGCUGGUCAUCCAGAUCGAAGCCUUUGCCCACGAGUACGACUUCGACGAGCAGACGCCGGGCAAUGGCUACCGCAGCUUCAUCUAUGUGACCAACGCAUGCAUCACGCAUGGCAUCAACAUCUGCCACCAGCUGAUGGCCACCCGCUCCGCCUUGUUCUUCCGCAAGAAGUUCUACAUGAAGGAGGUGGAGGCGUGCUCGCAGCUUCUAUCCUCGCUGUGCACCUGCCUGCAGUACCUGCUGAUCCUGCGCCAGUGGUCGGCCAACACGGGGGAUCUGUUCGCCUGCGGAAACCACACGGCCGAGCAGCUCUUUGAGCUCGGCGACACCAUUAACCAGUAUUGCUUUUACGGCCGCUGCCUGGGCUUCCAGUACGGCGACUCCAUACGCGGCGUACUCCGCUUUCUGGGCAUCAGCAUGGCCAGCUACUCGGAGUCCUACUACUCCCAGGAGGGCGAUGGAGCCAUCGUUAAGACCACCCGCAGUCUGUGGACCAGUGGAAAGUACCUAAUGAAUCCAGAACUACGCGCCCGCCGAAUCGUUAACAUCUCGCAGAAUGCCAAGAUCGACUUUUGCAAAUCCUUCUGGUUUCUGGCCGAGUCCGAGCUGAUGCACAAGCUGCCCAGCAUUGUGGGAAGUUCCAUAAAGGUGAACCGGCUGAUAGAGCUGCCAGCCGAACCGUUGAAGCUUCCGCGUCGAAAGGACUUCAAGUCGUCGCCAAAUCCCAGCAGUGAUGUCAAUCAGAACCAAGGCGAUGAUGACUUUGUGGAGAUUCCUGUGCCCUCGGCUCAUUUGGGACCUGGUCUGCCUGUUUCUGUUCGCCUGCUGAGCGCCAAGAGAAGAUCGGGAAUGCUCGGCGAGGGUCGCUAUCGCGGCUGGCACAAGCCCACACCGCCGAGUCCUUCGAUUCUGUUCCACUGCCAUGGCGGUGGCUUUGUGGCCCAGUCUUCGAAGUCCCACGAACUGUAUUUGCGCGACUGGGCCGUGGCCCUGGACUGUCCCAUUCUAUCGGUGGAUUACAGUUUGGCGCCUGAGGCUCCAUUUCCACGCGCUUUGCAGGAGGUGUACUACGCUUACUGCUGGCUUCUGAACAAUACCGAACUGCUGGGCACGACGGGUGAGCGGAUUGUGUGCGCUGGAGAUUCGGCUGGCGCGAAUCUGUCCAUUGGAGUGGCCCUCAAGUGCAUCGAGCAGGGAGUUCGAGUGCCGGACGGACUGUUUCUGGCCUAUUGCCCAACCCUCGUUAGCUUUGUACCCAGUCCUGCCCGCCUGCUCUGCCUGAUGGAUCCCCUGCUGCCCUUUGGCUUCAUGAUGCGAUGCCUUCGUGCCUAUGCAGCACCAGCCCAAGAGACGCUACAGGAGAAUGCCAGGCAUGUGGAGGAUGCCGCCCAGAUACGCAAUGCCCCGAAGUCGAACAUGGGGAGCUUGAACUCCAGUCGCCGCACCUCCAUAGCCAGAAGUCCCCUGACGCCGCUGGAGGCCAAUACCGAGCACGAUGACGAGAGUAGCGAUACCUUCGCUAGUGCCUCGGCCUCUUACCACAGCCAGACUGUGGAGCGAACCGAUCUACCCAACAGCGAGGGCGACAACAGUUCGUGUGUGUCCUUCGAAGACGACUCGCAGCCCAUUGUCCACUAUCCAGUAGAAAUAUCCGCCGACCCACCUAAGGACCCCACCUCUGCCGCCUACAUUGACAACUUCCUAGACAAGUAUCUAAUUGACACCGCCACCAUGGAGGUAACCGAAGAAACUGCAGCCGAGGCAGCCCAAGUUCAGGCGAAUGGACAUGCUAAGAUCAGUUCGGAUGACGAUAUUCUGGUUGAGACAGGUCGUGAUCUCGUCGCGAUGGAUACACUGCAGGGACGACUCCAGGAAGCCGUGAACAACAUAACCAACACCUUGACUCGCUGCACGCAAUCCUACGAGAUUCAUGGAAGCAACGGGUGUCAGCAGGACGUGCGCAACAUGGACGCGCUUUUAGCAAGGAGCCCCAGCGAGGAGUUUGCAUUCGAUGUGCCUAAGGAUCCAUUUUUAUCGCCCUACUGGGCCAGUGAUGAAUGGCUAUCCCAGCUGCCGGAGACCAAAAUACUUACUCUGAAUAUGGAUCCCUGUCUGGAUGACUGCGUUAUGUUCGCCAAAAAACUGAAAGGCCUUGGUCGCCAAGUAAACUUGGAAAUAUUGGAGGGGCUUCCGCACGGAUUUCUUAAUUUCACCAUGCUAUCCAACGAAGCCAUGGAAGGAUCCAAGCUCUGCAUAAAAUCUCUACAGACGUUGCUUCAGACAGAUCCGAAGCACAAAAAUAAUGACAAAGGCAGCUCGCUGGACGACGAGGAGUCUUCCAGUCCCAGUGCAAGUUUGGCUGCUUCAUAGGACGAAUUUCAAUCGGUCUAUAUGCCUAUAGGACUGGAGAAUCCAAUACCCGACGAGGAACAAUAAAACGACGAUGGUACAUUGUAAGUGACAAUGGGGUUUCAAAAUCACUGUAAAAUAUUGUCACCUGUAUUGGAUUUCUCCUUUCGCAUAGGCGUGUAAAUCGAAUUUUGUUAUGCGCAGGAACGAAUUGUUCAUUGUUAUACGCACUCUUCUUGCUUUUUUAUUACUUUGUAAUCUCAAACAUUUUUUAUACACUUUUAUAUGACACAGCUUUCCAUGUUUUAUAUACUCACAAAAUAUGUAUAGGAUAUAUAUAGCUUUUAGCAUAAGCAAGCCAAGUAUGCAAGUAUUGGAAGCGUGUAAACACGCACUAUUUAUUAAUGCUCUUGAUUCCAGGCACACACUCGCUAAGCGCUGUUUAAUGCAAAACUCCCGAAUAUGUGCCUGAUACGAAACGAGUACUUACUUAUAUACAUGUGUAUGAAUUAUUCGCCCAUUACCCUUAUUUUCACACUCCCCGAUAGUGUGUCCAGAUUUUUUGGCACUAUGGAGGCUAGCGGAGUUAAACUUAAACUAUGUUGGAGAUAUGCCUAGUUUUCUUUGCCUAUCCCACGCGAACCCGUCUGAAUGUAUAUCUACGGUACACCAGGUGUUUGAUAUACUAUUACAAUUUAUAUAUGUUUGCAAUCUCUUCCCUUAAACUAUACCCAGUGUUAUACAUAAAAUUCGAAUAAAUGGUUAUUACCCUUAAAACGA